UCGGGAAUGUGUUCGCAAAAUGGAGGAUACUGUACCAUGAGCCAGUGUAAUUAUGAUUCAGAAGAAGAAUUAGACAGAGCCUGUAAUGGUCGUAACUGUAGAUGCUGCGUUCCAAAGAAAGAAUGCACCACCAUGAAUAUAUGCCUCCAGAAUGAAGGAUAUUGCAGUAGGGGUCAAUGCAAUCCUUCUACAGAAACAGAGAUUAUUUAUGGCUGUGAUGGUCUAGGAUGUAAAUGCUGUGCACCUUUGAAAGGAUGCCAAGACUCGGGAAUGUGUUCCCAAAAUGGAGGAUACUGUACCAAGAGCCAGUGUAAUUAUGAUUCAGAAGAAGAAAUUGACAGAGGCUGUAAUGGUCGUAACUGUAGAUGCUGCGUUCCAAAGAAAGAAUGCACCACCAAGAAUAUAUGCCUCCAGAAUGAAGGAUAUUGCAGCAGGGGUCAGUGCAGUCCUUCUACAGAAAUAGAGAUUAUUAAUGGCUGUGAUGGUCUAGGAUGUAAAUGCUGUGCACCUUUGAAAGGAUGCCAAGACUCGGGAAUGUGUUCCCAAAAUGGAGGAUACUGUACCAAGAGCCAGUGUAAUUAUGAUUCAGAAGAAAAAAUUGACGGAGGCUGUAAUGGUCAUAACUGUAGAUGCUGCAUUCCAAAGAAAGAAUGCACCAACAAGAAUAUAUGCCUCCAGAAUGAAGGAUAUUGCAACAGGGGUCAGUGCAAUCCUUCGACAGAAAUAGAGAUUAUUAAUGGCUGUGAUGGUCUAGGUUGUAAAUGCUGUGCACCUCUGAAAGAAUGCAAAGACUCGGGUGUGUGCUCGUAUAAAGGAGGAUACUGCAGCAAGAGCCACUGUAAUUAUGAUACUGAAGAAGAAAUGGAACGAGGUUGUAGUGGUCCUAACUGUAGAUGCUGCGUUCCAAAGCCAGAGUGUGAGAAGUUGCACCCAUGUAAAGAUGCAGGAGGUAAAUGCAUCAGUAGCGGUCAAUGUGGGGGAAAUGAGAGAGUUAUUGAACAUGGAUGUUCUGGGAAAGAUUGCAUGUGUUGUGCUCCUGGAGAUGAAUGCCAAGACUCCGGUAUCUGUUCCCUGAAAGGAGGAUACUGUAGCAAGAGUCAAUGUGAUCAUCAUUCAGAAGAAGAUAGUGAAGGAGGAUGUAACGGUCCUAACUGUAGAUGCUGUACUCCUAAACCAGUGUGUGUGGCGCUGGACCUGUGCACACAAGCACAAGGUAAAUGUAGAAGAAGCCGUCAUUGUAGGGGAAAUGAAAGAGUUGUUGCAGAAGGGUGCUCUGGUAAACACUGCGUGUGUUGUGCUCCCGAUCUUGACGAUGGAUGCCAUGAUUCAGGUAUCUGUUCUCAAAAAGGGGGAUACUGUAGCAAGAGCCAAUGUGAUUAUUAUACAGAAAUAACGAUUAACGGGGCAUGUGAUGGUCCAGAUUGCAUAUGCUGUGCUCCUAAGCCAGAUACGUGUAGUGAGAAGCCAGUUUGUACAAAUAAAGGAGGUCAAUGCCAUCAAGGUAGCAGUUGUCCAAGUAAUGAAACUGUGGUUCAAAACGGAUGUCUUGGUAGUGGAUGUAUAUGUUGUGCUCCUGGAAAUGGUUAG